CGUGACUGCCUCCCACACUCCAAUGUCGAGACCACAGUCGAUUUUCUCGGCGCUGCGCUCGGCCCUCCCACGGCGGCCAUUGAGCGCGUCGCCGUCGCCGGUGUCGCCGUUCGCCCGCCCCCGCUUCGGCUUCAGCGGCCCGAGCUCGCACUCUAUCCGCCCGUCGUCGACCGUUACCAACAACUCGACGCGCUCGACGCUCCUCCGCCCCAUCACGCUCGUGCUGAUCAUCGCGCCCCUCCUGACCGGGUACCUCGGCGUGUGGCAGGUCCAGCGGCUCAAGUGGAAGGUCGCGCUCAUCGAGGAGGUCGACCGCAACCUCGCCAAGGAUCCGAUCGUGCUCCCCGGCAAGAUCAACCUCGGCGCCCUCCCAGACUUUGCCUUCCGCCGCGUGCUCAUCAAGGGCAAGUUCUCCGGCCCGCCCAUCCUCCAGGGCCCGCAGACGCGCGACGGCGUGCCCGGCUUCCACCUGAUCCUGCCGUUUGACCGCUCCGCUGCUGGCGGCUCGACGAUCCUCCUCAACCGCGGCUUCAUCAAGACGGCCGAGGGCGAGUCGAUCCGCCGAGGCGGCCGCGUGCCCGGUCUUGGACCAAACGGCGAGCCGUCGGACGAGGUCGUCGUCGAGGGCAUGCUCACCAAGGCUGACCCCAACGCCAAGUCGUACUUCACGCCGGACAACAAGCCCGAGAAGGGAGAGUGGUACUGGAAGGACGUGCCGGCCAUGGCUGAGGCCGUUGGUGGCGAGGAGCGGAAUGUACAGCCGAUUCUGAUUGACGCGAUUGAUCGCGCGUCUACCCCGACCUCGGUGCUCCUCGCACAAGGCGAGCCUGUCGGCCGCGCGCCCGUGAUCGAGCUGCGCAACCAGCACCUGACAUAUGCGAUUACCUGGUUCUCGCUCUGCGCGGCCACGUCGGCCAUGCUGGCCAUGGUCAUCUACUCUGGCCGCACGAAGAAGCUGCCGCGACGAAGCGCGUUCGGAGAGAAGAAUGUGCAGCGGAAGCAGUAGAGGAACAAGGGGCAUAUGUACAGCAUUGCAUUCACA